AUGACUGCAGAUGACGCCACUUCUAGCGUUUCAAGGAGACACGGCUCCUCAACAACUGAUCCGCUUGUCUCACACGGACGGCACUUUGGUCGGACAGUGUUUGCGCUGUGCAAUUACCUAUUCCUCCUCACCAAUGGUAUUCUGAGAUUGGAACAAAUGGAAAAUACACUGCUGGAAAACUUCCCUGCUGAAGAGCGGCGGGAACAUCGUGUCUUCGAGCAGCUUUUGGAAUCUUAUCCAGGUCUUCUGGAACGAUUAAAAAACGGGUCUGAGGAGGAGAUUCUUCACGUUGGAGAACUGAUCGGUAAGGGAGCUGCUGGCGCCAGAGGUGAUGACACGAAAACAUUGAAGUCUGCGGUCCUUGAUUGGAUCACUCCGAAAGGAGAAGCUAUCCAGCCUCCUCUACAUAGGAACUCGAAGGUCGAUCGUGGAUUUAAUCACGAACUUACAGGGACCAAAAUGAACCUACGAAGUGGCGAACUAUGGGUCUGCGGCGAUCAAUGGCCCAUUUUUUUAUAUGCCCACUAUACUUACGACACUGAAGAUCCGUGGAGCGGCCUUCUUAGAAGCCGUUUACUUGUCUAUGCUUACAAACACGUGUUCACGUCUCCAAGUUCAGUCAAGAAGGAGCCGAAAGCUACGCGAUCCGGAAAUGCCCACCUCCAUGGCAUGACCUCUGUCACUAUCACCUCCAUUGCUUAUAUCACAACACAAGUCCAGUUUGCUCUGAGCUCCUCCUCGGUGUUCUCAAGGACCGAUACGACUACAGAUUCAGAGACCUUUUACCACAGUCUUCUUGACCUCCUUGAAGAUCCUGAAGAGUCCAAGGAAGUUCACGAGCUAUUGACAUGGUGGAAUCGGUAUGUUAUCACCUUCAUUGUGUUGCAGAUAGGCUCAUAUUGA